UUGAGAUGUUACUCUUUCAGUGCAACCGGCGCGUUGCUCGACUCACUGGCCCAUCCAGGAGUUGCCAUAGGGGAGCCAGAAGGUGUUGAUCGUGAGCGCCUAGUACGAGUAUUCAUAAGGCAACUACUACUUGCAUUGAAACACAUGCAUGACAUGCGAAUUGCUCACUUGGAUUUACGACCGGAGACGAUCAUGUUGCAAGACGAUAAAUUGAAACUUGUUGAUUUUGGACAGUCCAGGAGACUACUACGUGGAACACCGGAGUUUGUCUCACCGGAGAUUGUUCGUGGAUAUCCGCUUACACUUGCGACAGAUAUGUGGAGUGUUGGAACUUUGACUUAUGUUUUACUGACGGGAAUUUCGCCGUUCCACGGCGACGACGACAACGAAACGCUGGCGAACAUCAGCAACUGUGCGUACUCACUAAAGGGCGACGAGUGGAAGCCGUUUACUGACGAAGCGAUCGGCUUCGUUACGAACCUACUCAAGGAAAUUCCUGCUGAGCGGAUGACAGUCGACGAAGCACUGGGACAUCCAUGGAUUGCUGAUCCCAAUCUGAAAACCAUACCUCUGACAGCGGAUUCCUUAAGAGAAUUCAAGUACCGCCAUAAAUGGCUGGUGAGUUCGGCUCUGGUCACCUUAUUUCUUUGUGUUCUUUUUUUUAUGGAACAAAAAUUAUCUUCCAGAAAACAACUUCACAAGAUUUAUAUAGCAGGAGGACGUUGCUAA